UUGGACUAGUCGACUUUUAAAAAGGCAUCGACAGCGCGUGAUAUGACGACUUCGCUGGUCCUGCAUCCACGCUGGGCGGACACCUUGAUGUACGUGUACGAAAAAAGCCCGAAUGAAAACAAUCCACAUAAAAACCAGGCCAUGGAGGGACUGAGCGGCAAUUGUCCUGCCACUCACUGCAGAGAACUGAUCUCGCACCCGUCGCUGGGGCGCCACUCUGGAAGCAUACUGAGUCACCAGGGCUCGGUUUACCCGGACAUACCCGCGCAGGACUCCGGCAGCAGGCAAUGCCCCGCGCCGCAGACGUCUUCGGGCGCGUCGUUGGGUUGCGCUUAUCCUUUCGGGAGCCCCUACUACGGAUGCCGCCUGUCGCAUUCGCACGGCGUGAACGUGCAGCAGAAGCCUUGCUCGUACCAUCCUGCCGAGAAGUACACGGAGCCCAGCGGACCUCUGCCCGCCGAGGAGCUUUCCAGCCGGGCCAAAGAGUUUGCUUUUUACCCGAGCUUCGCCAGCUCUUACCAAACCGUCCCGGGCUAUUUGGACAUGUCGGUGAUGCCGGGAAUCAGCGCGCACCCAGAGCCGCGGCACGAGACUUUAAUACCAAUGGACGGCUAUAAUCACUGGGCACUGUCGAACGGCUGGGAGGGCCAGGUAUAUUGUUCCAAGGAGCAAUCUCAGUCCAGCCACCUUUGGAAGUCUCCUUUUCCAGACGUGGUGCCGCUGCAGCCCGAAGUCAGCAGUUACCGUCGUGGCCGCAAGAAGAGGGUGCCUUACACCAAGAUCCAGUUGAAAGAGCUCGAGAAGGAGUACGCCUCCAGCAAGUUCAUCACCAAAGACAAGAGACGCCGCAUCUCCACUGCGACCAACCUCACCGAGCGCCAGGUUACAAUCUGGUUCCAGAACCGACGCGUAAAGGAAAAGAAGUUCGUCUGCAAAUCGAAGUCAAGCACUCACAUGCAUGCUACCUGAUUCUUGUCCAUAUUCAGCGAAAUAACGAAUUAAAGGGUUGUGGUGAAAUAUUUAUAUUUGAUCUGUCAAGCCUGGCGUACCUGGCCCCCAGCUUUACUGUCCACCUCAAAGGAUCUGGUAAAUAAAACCCGGUGUGUAAAAAUAAAAAAUCAGUUGUAGUUUAUUACAAUUGAGUUUAAUUCUUGCAGAGAGAUUCAGAGGGGUUUGGUGUUGAAUGGUGCAGAUUUCUUUACAGUGGUGGUGAUAGGAACCAGG